CGUGGCUGUAUCUCACUCUCCAUCUCUACCUUUAUGCUCGACAUAUUUCCCAGCUAGCCUCAGGCAUCCUCUUUCUGGAACAAGAAUCCUUUGCCCCCUCCCUCUAACCCCCCCUCAAGAUUUUCAAGCCGUUGUUGUGUUUUUUCUUUUUUUUCGGGCGGCCAAAAAAUCGUCGUUGUUUGGAAGCUCAUCUUUUUAGCAUGAUAUAAUCACUUCAUCUCUCCAUUUUAGUCUCAAAGCAAAGCCUUUUCCCCUCUGACACACCCCCAGGAUACUUCCCAACUCACAAAUGGGUUGCGCGCAGUCGAAAAUAGACAAUGAAGAAUCGGUGGCUCGCUGUAAAGAACGCAAGAACUUGAUGAAAGAUGUGGUUGUUGCUCGGAAUGCCUUCGCCGCCGGCCAUUCCGGAUACGCCAUGGCGCUGAAGAACACUGGAGCUGCACUGAGCGACUACGGCCACGGCGAAAGCCACAUCACUCAAGAGCUCCACGAGCCGCCAUUGGACACCGCUUCGGAGCCGCCACCGCCGCCUCCACCGCUCAUGGAAGACAACCUCCCGCCACCUCCGCCGCCGCUCCCAAAUUUCUCUCCAAGCCCGCCGCUUAAGCGCGCUGCGACAAUGCCGGUAGUCACUAUGCAACAUCAAAAACCCUCCCGCGCGAUGGAUUCCGACGCCAUUGCUGAAGAAGGUGAAGGUGAAGAAGAAAAUAUUAAAGUGAACAAAGGUAAUGGAGGGAAGGCGUUAAAAAAGGGAGGAUCUGAAGCAGCGUCGUCUUUCCCGCUUCGGACUCCCGAUAUGAAGUCAGUCCCGCCUAUGCCAGAAUCGAAGGGUAUGGCUUGGGAUUACUUUUUUUUGCCGGACAAUAUGCUAGGACCAUCAUUGGGCGGGGAGGAUGAGAUUGGGAAUGAGAAUGAGGAGAGUGAAGCAAUGGAUUAUCAUGAAGCUGAGAAUGUGGGUGGCGGCAGAAGCAAUAUAAAUGAGGUUGAACCCAAGACGCCGGAGAAGGUAGAGGAAAAUGUGCAGAAGGAGAUAGUAGAGUCUGUGAAGGACCCAAAGCAUAUUGAACAUUCGAAGACUGCUCCACCAGACUUUAGGAGAGCAAUGAAGUUGGUUCCAAGUGUUAAUCUGAUGCAGAUUCUGAGUGAGCUUGACGAUAAUUUCUUGAAGGCCUUCGAGAGUGCUCAAGAGGUUACCAGGAUGCUUGAGGCCACUAGGUUACACUACCAUUCAAAUUUCGCCGAUAAUCGGGGACAUAUUGAUCAUUCCGCUAGAGUUAUGCGCGUGAUAACAUGGAAUAGGUCAUUCAGAGGUGUGUCUAAUGGCGAUGGAUCAAAGGAUGAUUUUGAUUCGGAAGAUUAUGAAACUCAUGCCACUGUCUUGGACAAGCUUCUAGCCUGGGAAAAAAAGCUGUAUGAAGAGGUGAAGCAAGCUGAGCUGAUGAAGUUUGAAUAUCAGAGAAAAGUUACAUUACUGAACAAACAGAAGAAACGCAAUGCAAGUGCUGAAUCAUUGGAAAAAACCAAAGCAGCUGUAAGCCAUCUACAUACAAGAUAUAUUGUUGACAUGCAGUCGAUGGAUUCAACAGUUUCAGAAGUGAAUCACAUUCGUGAUGCACAGUUAUAUCCAAAACUCGUUGCUCUUGUUAAUGGGAUGGCCGAUAUGUGGAAAAAUAUGUGCGUGCAUCAUGACAACCAGCUGAAAAUAGUUACAGAUAUGAAAUCCUUAGAUAUUUCUCAAGCUCCUAAGGAAACAACCAAGCAUCAUUAUGAGCGGACAGUACAACUUUCUAAUGUUGUCCAAGAGUGGCAUUUACAAUUUGAGAAGUUUGUGGCUCACCAGAAACAAUACAUCCAAGCUCUUAAUAGUUGGCUAAAGUUAAAUCUCAUUCCCAUCGAAAGCAGCCUCAAAGAGAAAAUCUCAUCGCCCCCAAAAGCCCAGAAUCCACCUAUCCAAGCCCUCCUUCAAGCGUGGCAUGAUUGUGUUGAUAGGCUUCCAGAUGAGCUUGCAAAAUCAGCUAUUUCCUCGUUUGCUGCUGUGAUAAAGACCAUAAUACUUCAGCAGGAGGAAGAGAUGAAACUAAAGGAAAAAUGUGAGGAAACCAGGAAGGAGUACUUGAGGAAAAACCAAGCAUUUGAAGAAUGGUAUCAGAAGUAUUUGUUGCGGAGGGGUCAUGAUGAAGCAGAUCAUGAAAGAGGGGACGAAGUAACUACAAAUAAUCCUGUAUCAGAGAAGCAGUUUGCCGUGGAUAGCUUGAAGAAGAAAUUAGAAGAGGAUAUUGAAUCUCACCAAAAACACUGCGUUCAGGUUCGAGAGAAGUCACUGCAGAGUCUCAAGACUCGUUUGCCUGAGCUUUUCCGAGCGCUGUCAGACUAUGCCCAUGCCUGUGCCGAUUCGUAUGAGAAACUGAAGUCUAUCGCACAUUCACAGGUUGGUGCUCCAAGACCGUGACGAUGCAAAAGCUUUGGUUUACUGCUGAUAACAUAUGUAUCUUAAACCUAUGGUCUGAUUCAGCCUUCCAUAGAGGGGGGGGGGGAGGUGUUCUUAAUGGAAAUGCAAAUUUAUCAAUCUGUUUCUUGUGUGAAAAUUUUGCCAUGGCUUGGCCAUUUUUAUUCACGCAAUGAUGUGUGUCCCACUGAUAUUGUGACCUUGGAACUGCAAGUUUUUUAAGAUAAACUCUAAAAAUAUGAACGAAAAAUAUCAUCUGGUUCAUGGU